AUGGCUCCAGGUGAUAUAGUGGACAUUGCCACCGCUUGCUCUUCACAAGGGAACUUCAAUGUCCUGGGGGUGGUUAUUGACAGACUACCACUUUAUCGGACCAGAGGCUCAUCGGCAUGCAUCACAUUCACGAUUAAAGACUCUGAUUUUGAUGCACCGGGCUGGCAAGGUGGUCUCAAAAUCAAAUAUUUUAAUGAUGAUGAGAGCUACCUUCCCAACGUCGAGCUCAAAGAUGUAGUCCUACUACGGAACGUCCGGGUGACAAUCUACCAGAACAGACCAACAGGGGUUGUCUCUCAGCAUUCCAAUGUGUCAUGGGUUAUUUUUCGACCAGAGCCAAGUUCAAGCCCGUUCAUCACCAGUGGUCCUGUGCCUUUCGAGCCGAGUUUGAAGGAAAAGGACCAGGCACAAUCACUCCUGGAUCACGUAUCUGCCGAAAGUAUCCUUGUGCAACAACCCACGCCGCGUAGUGCAACCGCCUUUCAACAAUCUUCCCAUGUUCAGGCUUCCGUUCCGUCCCCAAAAUCUGGAGGGUUACCGUGUAUCCCUAUUCAGUUUGCGAAGGACCGCCUAUUGUGUCAGUUACUUGGCCAAGUUGUGAGCAUCAAUACUUACGACAGCGAGAAAUGUACACUAUACUUGACUGAUUUUACUGAAAAUGAGCGCCUUGUCAACUACAAGAAACCCGGAGAAGAUGAAGAGUCAGGCCCUGAAGGCGACCGAUUUAAUUACAUACACAAGAAAAAGAACUGGCCAGGCCCAUGGGGUAAAUUGACCCUUCAAGUGACUUUAUGGGAGCCGCAUGGCACCUAUGCCCGAGAACACCUCAAGCCAGGUGACAUCACUCUAAUAACAUAUGCCCGUAUCAAGGAAGAUCAGCGUGGUGGCUUGGAAGCUACUGUUCAUGAAGACAGACGAUUCCCGGAGAAGAUCCAUGUCAGGAAGGUGGAUGGUGGCAAUGACGAACGUGUACGAGAAUUGAUGAACCGUCGGACAGAAUACUGGAAGAUCCACGGUGAACCCAAGGCAGAUACCAAAAAAGCCAAAAAAAGGAACAAGAGAGUCGAGCAGAAAAGGGAGGCCCGAAAAGAAGAAGGCCAACUGACCAUGCCAGCAGCAUCACGAAUCAAGUUGAAUCAACAUGUCAAAACAAGAAAGUACACAGUGCCUACUCUACCUCUCGAGAAGAUAUUGUUGGCAGAAACACAUAUAAACAAUGCUCCAGGAGGGAUUGUCUACCAGCUUCCCUUUCAAAACGUCAAUUAUCGCUCUCAAGUCCGAGUGCUCGACUUCUUUCCCCCAAAGGUAGAAGACUUUGCAAUUCAAACCACUAGUGCUCCCUUAUUCAGUGAUCAUGACGGUGCCAUCGAGCCUAAAUUUGGCUGGGAAUGGCGGUUCUGUCUUCUUGUGGAGGGGGCUGAGCCCAAACCUUCCAAUCAACAGCCCCGAGAGGUGAUGAAGCUCUAUGUGUGCGGUCAAGAUGGCGAUUGUCUUCUGGACGAUAAUGCAUUCAACCUCCGCGACAACCCGCGAAGACUGGAAGCAAUAAAAGAGAAGCUCUUCCUCCUAUGGGGCAAUCUCGAGGAGGAGAAGUCGAAAGCCAUGGCUUCUGGUCAACAGAGUUGGGGACCGGUCAAGUCGUGCCCAUUCGAGUGCUGCAUCAAGGAAUAUGGCGUCCAGUGCACCCAUGGCAAAGAUCCCAAUGCCAUGAAUAUCGACAGCAGGAUGUGCACUCACCCUGAUUGCUUUGGAUGGGAGAGACGAUUUGCCAUGUUCGGCACGACUAUCCACACAUAG